UGACGCGGUGAGCCGCCGCUUGCAGAGGGCGACCAAUCAGGUGGAGAGGCGGGACCUCCAGGGCUUGAUGUUGCCUGAAGUUGGUGUGGCAGGCGAAUAUCAGACGGAUGUUUCUCCUGCCCUUGGAUAACAUGUCUGUGGCAUUGAACUUGCAGAGGUUCCUCGUCCUUUUAGCUGCACUCAGUCUCCCAGGUUUAAAGAGGAGCCUUGUGCGAGGGCAGCAAGGUGACGGAUGUGGGCAUACAGUCAUUGGCCCUGAAAGUGGCACUUUGACUUCCAAGGACUACCCUGGCACCUACCCGAAUCACACAUUGUGCAGAUGGCAGCUGCAUGUGGGACUGGGGAAGAGAAUAAUGUUGAUGUUUGGUGACUUGGAUAUUGAGUACACAGAGAACUGUUCAUCUAGUUCUGUGAAGGUCUAUGCUUCAUCUGCCAAUGACAGCUAUGGCCCUUAUUGUGGAAAAUUGAAUGGAGACCUGCCAAGAAUACAACUAACGUCCAGUGCCGUGACUGUGGAGUUCCAAAGCAUCACUCAUCGAACGGGAAGAGGAUUUCUGCUCUCCUAUGCUACGACCGACCAGUCGGAAAUGAUUUCCUGUUUGGAUAAAGGUAUCCAUUAUUCUCAGCAGCAUUUCACUAAGUAUUGCCCAGCGGGCUGUAAAGGCAUUAGUGGUGAAGUCUGGGGAAACCAUCAGGAGGGCUAUCGUGAUACGUCAGUUCUGUGUAAGGCAGCCGUUCAUGCUGGAGCAAUAGCAGAUGAGCUGGGAGGCCAGGUGUCAGUGACUCUGAAGAAAGGCAUUACUCUGUAUGAAGCUGCCUCUGCAAAUGGAAUUAUAACCAGAAGGGGUUCCUUGUCUGAAAAACGCAUCAAGAUUAGAAAAGACUGCAGUAAUGUUCUGGACGGCAGGCACUUCACUGCCUCGUCCUCCUGGACAGAGAAGAACAACAUUGGAGAGUUGACCAUCUGGUCCCCUGACAAAGCUCAGACCAGCAGUAAAGGACCUCCGUGGGCUUGGGCCGCCAGUUUUCCCAGCGACAAGGAAUGGCUGCAGAUAGACCUGGGGGAACGGAAGAACGUCACAGGAAUUGUGACCAAAGGCAGCACCCACAAUGGAUAUAACUUUUAUGUGAAGACAUACAAGAUCUCCCACAGUAAGGAUGGAAAAUCCUGGAGAUUCUACAAGAGAAAGAACAGCAGGGAAGACCAGAUCUUUGAAGGAAACGCGAACAACUAUCAACUCGUCCGCAAUAAUUUUAUCCCAUCAUUUGUGGCACGGUAUGUUCGGAUCACUCCACAGCGAUGGCACCAAAGAAUAGCUCUGAAAGCAGAGGUGAUUGGCUGCAAAGUGUCGCAGAAGAGCCGCAAAGCUGCUGUUCCGCGAAGUCCAAGGCCUUUGCCAAAGCCAACCUAUGUUCCCACAGAAAGCAGCACUCCGCCAGAUCCGGUAGUUGUAGAGGAGCCUCUGCCAGAUUUUAAUUUGAUUAUCGUACUUACUGUGGUUAGUUUCCUGGUAAUAAUAUCAUCAGCUGUCCUAUUACUGUGUCUGUUCUGCAGAAGAAGGAAGUCUGGAAAAAGGAUGCACUGUUCAUCACUAAAAGUUUGUGAUAAAUCAGUGAAAAGGCAGAACUGUCAGAGGAGUCAGCUGCAGCCAACUGAAUCAGAUAUCAUCACUUACACCAGUGAGGAGGGAUCGUGCAGGAGCAUCACUGGAAACACCUUGUCAGAAUAUGCAGAACCUGACAUUAUUCAAGGUGGCAUUACAGCCCAGAAAGCCUCAUCAACAUUCAAACCUCCAAUUGACGAUGGUUACACCAUACCACUUGUUGUGAGUCACUACGACGUUCCAUUCUCGGGCAAGAACCAUGAAUAUGCUGAACCAUUUCCCAACCAGGAACCAGAAUAUGCUACUCCAUUUGUUGAACCAAGUGCAGAGUCAGAAGCAUCCACAAGAAAAAUGUCUGUAUAGUAAAAGUUAUCCCAUCUGUGCAAGAAACACUUUAAAAGCCAUAGUAUAUUCAGUGUGUUGCAACACCUACUCGACCAUUAAACUGAUCUAUUGUCAUGUACUGAACCAUCAAUGAUGUGGACAUGAAGCAACCCAGCCAAAAGCAGUAACCAGGAAGGACGAAAUGGAAAGCAAAUUACACUGAAAGAAUGUCAUCAAUGCCUGGUGAUUCUGUAAUGCUGGUGUACCAUUAAGCACUAUGACUUGUGAACAAUAAUCAUGUGUAGGUUUUAAAACCUACAUCACAUUCCUGAGUAAUGAAGGAAGUUGACACUACAGCACUAUUUAUGUCAUCAGGUUUAAAAGACAUGAAUUGGGGGAAAAAGUUGUCUCUCGGAGUAGACCCAGAGCAAGCAGACUGCAUGAUUACAUUCGAACCACUGUGAAAGCAUUGAACUCGACAAAUGCAAUGCUGUCUCCAACAAGAAAAGUUUUUAGAACCUCUAUUUAAUGUAUUUUUUAAAUAUAAAAAUAUUAUAUAAAAGCACUUCAUAAAAUAGGAUUGGAUAGUUACAUUGCAUUAAUUGCUAUCCAUCUUUGUUACAGAAUAUUUUUUGCUACAAAAAAACUGCUGGAUUAUCUAAUUGGUAAUUAAAUAGAUUUGUAUUAAUAAAAUGUGAUAUCUAGGUUUCUGUUUAGACUCUUUCUAUUGCUCAAAGUGAUGGUAUUUGGAACUCUUAAAGCCUGAAAAGUAUACCAUGUUUAAUCUCAGAAUAAGAAACAAGGAAUAAAAGCAGAAGUAGUAU